AUGGAUGGCAAUGCAGGGCUGUUGCCACCAAACAGGCCGCCCCGGCCAGUCAACACUUGUUGCGCCUUUUCUUGCGCACCACUUGGGGAUCGAGACGACCAGCUUUCCCCAAUCCAGUCGCCAUCUCCGAGAAUAAAUCGGCGUCAUCCUGCAUGGUUGCUCAUGUACAUGUGA